AUGCAGUUUUCACUCAAGAUGAACUACCAAACUGGCUUAAUUAUUUUCUUAUCUAUAUGUUUCGCAUUCGUAUCCUGUGCACAAUUUUCGCCACCAUUUGCUGAGACUGGAGAGAGACAUUAUUGUGGUGAUGAGUUGGCCUUGAAGUUGCAUAGGGUGUGUGGAGGCCGAUAUGCAACAUACAACAAAAAAUCUGUCGGACGGUUUUGGAAAUAUCGUCUGCCUGAAGAUGGGGAUAUGAAGCAGAUUGAUUAUUAUGAUGACACAGAUGAUAUUUUGGUUGGAAAACGUGGGAUAGUUCAUGACUGUUGCUACAAACCAUGCACAGAAGCAUACAUGUCUUUAUAUUGCGAAUAAAUGUUUUACAUUGAAUAAAUUUAACGACGAUUAGAAAAAAAAAUGUUUCUCUACUUUUACCUUUACUUUUUGAUACA